GCGGAUCUGCGCCGGGACAUGGCGGCGUGCGAGCGGCGGAUCGCGCAGGGCCGCGACCGCACCGCGGCGGCCGCCUCCGCCUUCCGCGGCGCCGUCCUCUCCGCCCGCUCGCUCGCCGAGCACAGCGUCGCGCACCGAGAAAAGCUCAACGCUCUCAAGGACCAGCUCAGGGGACUGGAGGCAGCUCUGGCAGAAGCUCUGUCCACACAACUGAAGAAAGAAUCAGAAUGUAAGCACACCAGCGAGUCGAUCUCGAACGCCACUGCAACGAACGAGCAGCUCAGAGGCCUGGUCUCGGAGCAGAGGGCUAGGAGAGAUGAGUUUGCAAAUGUCAUAGCACAUCAGCUUGAAGCUGUCGAAGCUCUUGAAGCUAAUGUUGAUGCGACGGGGAAAAAGAACCUGGACGAAGCUAUCACGUGGUACGACAAAUUUCUUGGGUUUCGAGUUGUUGCAGGGGAAGGGGUUAAAUUUGUCUUCAAUAAAGUGGACAUGCAAAGUCCUGACGAUGAGUAUUCGUUUUGCAUAAAGGUCAAUAAAGACGAAUACAGCUUAAUUCAAUGUAUUCCGUUACUGAAAGACACUGAGGAGCUGGUGAAGGAUUUGAACCGCACUAACGAUCUCUUCAAGUUCGUUAGAACCAUGAGAGCAAGAUUCCAAGCGGCUGGCAUCAAAGGGGUUCAUCCUGCAACUUCAUUGUGCCAAGACACAUCAUCCACACCAAUUUCAUCACCACCGGCUGUGUCAGUUGAUACCACAAGCGAAGGCAGCACCAAUCAAAGUCAUUCCCGAAGCCGGUCAAAGAAUCAAGAUACACGUGCAAAGAGAGGUGCCCCUCCCCGAUCAAUAGCAUCUCCCCUUACAUCGGGAUCUGCCACCCGCCGCUCCCCACGCUUUGCUGCUGCUGACGCAGGGAAUAAGCAUUAAGCUAUACACAGAAAACCACUUGGGCAGCACCAUAUGAUUCAGUGGCUGUAUCCCAGUUUGGACGGCCCCCAUGGAGCAAAUUCUUAGAUGCAUUGGCUGUAUCCCAGUUUAGACGGCCCUCAUGGAUCAAAUUCUGAGUAUGGCAAAAUGAACAAGAACAAGUAGGCAGUGGGCUGUGUACUUGGUAGACACAGGGAGUUCCAUCUCGAUCUCCUUCCCCUCAACCUGACACCAUUGGUUCACAUCGAUCUGUACAGUGAAGUGAACGUCCAGUAAAUCCUUGACGAGCGUUGCAGCUGUAGGUAGUUUCGAUUUGGUCUUCGAGGAACGUUGCAGCUGCAGGUAGCUUUGAUUUGGUCCCUGCUAUGCCAUUGUGGAUGUUGUGUAUUUUUUUUUCUGUUGUACUCUCUCAUGGAAACUUGAACUGUAAUUUCCUAUCUGUAGAACCUAAUCUUCCUAAUAAUCUUGGUAAUGUAAUCAUGGUUUAGUUUUC